AAAAGCAAACAAAUAGCAUUGAUCCAAGGGAUUUGUCAAUGCAAAAACAAGUAAACUAGGCAGUGACAUAUGUCCCUCAACCAUAGCUUAUCAUGCUCCAUUGAUUCUCCUUCAUCUAUAAUGCCCUCCAUCUCCUCCCAUUCAAAUCUUCUUCUUCACCUUCUCUCAACAUUUCAAACACUUCAUGGACAAAUACAACAUAUGUAGCUACAAGAGAUCAAACAAUAGAGAACUUAGCAUCAUAUAUAUAUAAGCAUGGAGAAGGGUCACCAAAGUAUCUCUAGAGCUAGUUUUCUCAAGAAGAGAUGAUGAAGGCCUCUGCCUUAAAAGCUUUAGCAAUUAAGAUCAACAUUCUCUUCCUUGCCUUCAUUAUACUCAUCUAUAUAUCCAUCAUCCUCCAACCUCCUUAUCCUUUCGAUGACAAGUCUGCCAGCCCUUUCUCCCAGUGUCAUCCCUCUGGCGUUUGUGAUGUCGAUAAGAUGGGAGGAGGAAGGGUGGAAGAUCAAAUCAAGCUACCGAGCUUUCAAAGUGUAUUCAAGGACAAGAGAAUUGGAUUAGUGAACGCUGGUGAUAGUGAGAUGAUAAAAUGGAACAAUAUUGGGAAGAUGAUCAGUGUAAUAAAGUUCGAUAAGGUAUCGGAGAAGUUGGAGUGGAAGGAGUUGUUUCCAGAGUGGAUUGAUGAAGAGGAGGAGAAAGAGACACCAGAAUGCCCGAAGAUACCCAUGCCGGACUUCAGUUUGUAUGAUGAGUUGGAUGUGGUGGUCACAAGUGUUCCAUGCAGGCAGCCGGAGAUCGGAUGGAGCCGGGACAUUCAAAGAUUGCAAGUUCAUCUUGUGGCAGCAAACUUGGCUCUAAGAAGAGUAGUAAGGGAUAAGAGAGGAAGAGUGAAGAUGGUUUUUGUAAGUGCAUGCAUGCCAAUGACAGAGGUUUUCAAGUGUGAGAAUUUGGUGAAGAGGGAAGGGGAGUGGUGGUUGUAUGAAGUGGAGGUGGAGAGGUUGGGGGAGAAGAUGUCUUUGCCUGUGGGUUCUUGCAAGUUGGCUUUGCCUUUGUGGCAAGAAGGAACAAAUAAAGCUCCGGCAAACUUUCUCCGGCGAGAGGCCUACGCCACCGUCCUCCACUCCUCUGACAUCUAUGUUUGUGGCGCAAUUACUCUCGCCCAAAGCCUCAUCAACACCGGCACCAACCGCGACCUCCUUCUCCUCCACGACUACUCCAUUCCUCCACCGAAACUCCGUGCUCUAGCUACAGCAGGCUGGUCUCUCAUUCCUAUCGGCCGCAUUCGCAAUCCCUUCGCCUCCAAAAACUCCUACAAUGAAUACAACUACAGCAAACUCCGCCUAUGGCAAUUAACAAAUUAUAACAAACUUGUUUUUCUCGACUCCGAUAUACUUGUCCUCCGCAACCUUGACCUUCUUUUUCGCUUCCCGGAAUUGUCUGCAGCAGGAAAUGAUGGCUACAUUUUCAACUCCGGUGUCAUGGUCAUCGAACCUUCCAAUUGCACUUUUAACCGUUUCAUGAAACAAAUAAAAGAAGUUGUAUCUUAUAAUGGUGGUGACCAAGGGUUCUUGAAUGAGGCAUUUCCUUGGUGGCAUAGGCUACCGAGAAAAGUUAAUUUUUUGAAGAACUUUUGGUCUAACACAACCGAGGAGAUGACAGAAAAGAACCGGUUGUUUAAGGCAGAGCCUCCAGAGCUUUAUGUGAUACAUUAUCUUGGACUCAAGCCUUGGUUGUGCUAUAGGGACUAUGAUUGUAAUUGGAAUGUAGGUGAUCAAAGAGUGUAUGCAAGUGACUCGGCACAUAGGAGGUGGUGGAAGGUGUAUGAUGGGAUGAAAAGUGAGUUGCAAAAGUUUUGUGGGUUGUCUCAGAGGAGGAAUUGGGAAUUAAGGAAGGAAAUGAAGAAGGCUAGGGAGAGUGGAUUUGGUGAUGGCCAUUGGAGAUUGAGGAUUUUGGAUAUAAGAGUGAAUGAGAUUUGAGUUGUUUUAUUAGAGUCAUUGUCUUUUUUUGUCAUUGUUGUCUCUCAAGGAAAAGAAACUUGCUCUAGUUUUCUCCA